AGCCACAUGGGGAUGUGAAAAGCUGCCCCCAAGUCGUCGUCCAGCCUUUCCAGGAAGGGCUUAGGAAAAACAAAAAACAAAGGUGGGCCUUGAAAAGCCGCGGUGUGAACCGCCCCAACCCAGCCCCCCCCGCAUUAGUCUCCUGGAACAGCGGGGGCUUUCUGGAGGGCGCGAGGGCGGGGAAGAGAAACGAACCGUUUCCGGGACACAGACGGAGAGGAGCAAGCGCUUCCGGAGCACGGCCGAUGAGGGUCAUUAAAGGUAGAAUGAAGCCCAUCAACUUGUCGUUUGCAGCCUGUGGGUUUCUGGGCAUUUACCACUUGGGGGCAGCAUCUGCAUUUUGCAGACAUGGCAAGAGGCUGCUGAAGGAUGUCAAGGCCUUUGCCGGGGCUUCUGCAGGAUCCUUGGUUGCUUCUGUCUUGCUAACAGCGCCAGAAAAAAUAGAGGAAUGUAACCGGUUCACCUAUCAGUUUGCUGAAGAAACGAGAAAGCAGUCUUUCGGGGCGCUGACCCCCGGGUAUGACUUCAUGGCCCUGCUGAGGAGCGGCGUGGAGUCCAUCCUUCCUCCCAACGCCCACGAGCUGGCCCACGAUCGACUGUACGUGUCCAUCACCAACACCAGAACCAGGCAGAAUUACCUGGUCUCCCACUUUCCCUCCAGGGAAGACCUCAUUAAGGUUCUUUUGGCCAGCAGCUUUGUGCCCAUCUACGCGGGACUGAGACCAGUGGAAUACAAAGGGCAGAAGUGGGUGGACGGAGGCCUCACCAACAGUCUCCCCGUCCUGCCCGCAGGCCGCACAGUGACCAUCUCCCCUUUCUGUGGACGGCUGGACAUCUCCCCCCAAGACAAAGGGCAGCUCAGUGUGUACAUCAAGGUCACCAACCAGGACAUAAUGUUGUCCCUGCCCAACCUCAUGAGGCUCAACCGGGCCCUCUUCCCUCCAAGCAGAAGGAAAAUGGAAUCCCUGUAUCGGCGUGGAUUUGAUGACACCGUGCAGUUCCUGCACAAAGAAGACUGGUUUGAAUAAAACGCCGGAAAGCUUAGAAGGCACAGCAAGUUGCAGAUCCUUUUGGAGGGCGCCUUCUCAUUAAACCCUUGUUUAAAAAAAAAAACAAAAAAAU